AAGUUGAGGUAGUUAAACUAUUCACUUCCCCAUAUAUAUACAUCCAUGACCAAACCUUCCUUUUUCAAAUCUUCCUACAAAAUCAACUCUCCAUAUUCAUACUCACAAAUGGCACGUCUUCUUCUUGAACAUGGAGCUCAUCAUCAUCAUCAUCGUCAUCAUCUCAUCGGAGUAAUCGGAGCCACGCCGCUAGCAAUUGCUUUGUUCGUCUCAGUUUCAAUUCUCGUAGCAUUAUGUGCAAAACACACACGACCACAAAAACAUGAAAACCCUAAAACCUGCAGAAACGUAACUAACAAGUCACCGUUAGCAUCUCCGAGAAGAUUAGCGACGAAACUUAGCAACAAAAUGAUUGAUCCGUCCAAGAAGAAAUUAUCAGAUAACCACGGCGGUGAUGAUGGAGGCGGGGAGAUUAUAGACGGAAGUGAAUUUGGAGAAGGUGGUUUAUGGCAAAAAUCAAUCUUGAUGGGUGAAAAAUGUCAACCGCCAGAGUUUUCUGGUGUUAUAUAUUAUGAUAGCCUUGGAAAUCAACUUUCAGAGAUGCCAAGGUCACCGAGAGCCAGCCCUUUGACAAGUUUUUCCUUUCCGGUUGCUAAAGAUACCAAUUACAACUACUAAUUAAUAUAAUUUCUGGUAUAUAUAUAUGCAUCAUUAAUGUAGGCAAUAUGAUUUUAUAAAUC